UUUCAAAAACUGAAAAACGAAUGGCUAACGACUACGUUUCCUCUGUUCUGAAAAUUAUGUUUCUUCAACUUGUCUUGUUGAUCCAGCAUGCUGAAUCCGCCUCUAUCGUCAAGUUUCUACCUGGUUUUGAUGGCCCUCUUCCCUUUGAGCUCGAAACCGGGUACAUAGGUGUUGGUGAGGAGGAGGAAGUGCAAUCGUUCUACUACUUCAUCAAGUCUGAGAGGAACCCACAAGAAGACCCUCUUCUUCUCUGGCUAAGUGGAGGACCUGGCUGCUCUUCUAUCUCUGGCCUUCUUUUUGAGAAUGGGCCUCUGACUAUGAAGCUUGAUGUCUACAAUGGAACUCUCCCUUCUUUGGUCUCUACUACAUAUUCAUGGACAAAGACUUCGAGCAUAAUAUUCUUGGAUCAGCCUGUUAGAACUGGCUUCUCGUACUCAAGAACCCACCUAACUACUAAACCGAGUGAUUCAGGAGAAGCCAAACGGAUCCAUGAGUUUCUUCAAAAGUGGCUAGGCAAGCAUCAAGAGUUUUCCUCCAACCCUUUUUAUAUCGCCGGAGAUUCUUAUUCCGGUAUGGUUGUUCCGGCUCUCGUUCAAGAAAUCUCUAAAGGAAACUAUCAGUGUUGCAAUCCUCCAAUAAAUCUUCAGGGGUAUGUGCUCGGUAACCCAGUAACAGAAUUUAAAAUUGAUUAUAAUUCCCGCAUUCCAUAUGCUCAUGGUAUGGCACUAAUCUCCGAUGAGCUGUACGAGUCGCUAAAAAGAAUAUGCAAGGGAGAAUAUGCAAAUAUUGAUCUACGUAACGCAGAAUGCUUGAAACUCGUUGAAGAAUAUACUAAGUGUACAGAAAGAAUAAACAAAUAUCUUAUAUCAACACCAUUGUGCAAAACUGAAAAUCCAGAUUGCUAUAUGUAUCGCUAUUUGUUAUCUACCUACUGGGCCAAUGACGAAACCGUGCGCAAAGCUCUUCAAAUCAAUGAGAAGAGUAUAGGGGAGUGGGUACGAUGUAAUUGGUAUAUUGCUUACACUCAUGACAUUUUAAGCAGCGUACCUUACCAUAAGAAUAACAGCAUCAAUGGAUAUCGUUCUCUCAUCUUCAGUGGUGAUCACGAUAUGGUAGUACCUUUCGUUGGAACUCAAGCUUGGAUAAGAUCUCUCAACUAUUCCCUCAUUGAUGGUUGGAGGCCAUGGAUGAUCAACGAUCAAAUCGCUGGAUACACGAGGACUUAUGCAAAUAAAAUGACAUUUGCUACUGUCAAAGGAAGUGGGCACACACUAGAGUAUAAACCAGAGGAAAGCUUUAUCAUGUUUCAAAGAUGGAUCAAUGGCCAACCUCUGUAAAAGAGGAGAGUGGCCUUUACGUACUAUAUAGGGACAAGAAAUUGUGAUUCUAGCUAACUAUCUAAUAGUCAUUUUAUCAAAGUGUGUUAUACGUACAUAUUCACGUGUACACAGUACACAACUUCAUCA